GGGACAACACACCAACUUUUCCUUUUUCUUCUCCGGCAGCAAAGUGCUUGUGGUGCUGCCAUGCUGGAGCUGUGAGGCUUGUGGGCCGACUGCUGCUUUAUUCCUCCUGAUCAUGGCGCCUUUCGGGAAGAACUUCCUGAAAGCUCGACUGAAAAACAGGAGCAAAGACAGCGAGGCUGUGACAGGGAGAGAGAUUCAGGUGACGGUCUGCAAUGAGGAGAAGGUGGUCUGUGGAGUAACCAAGCACACCACAUGUGCAGACAUGAUUCAGGCAUUAUUAGAGGAUCACAGAUCCAUCCCAGAGAGCAAGCGGCUCCUGCACGGCGAGUCAAAGGACUUUUGUUUGGUGGAGCGCUGGAAGGGCUUUGAGAGGGCCUUGCCGCCCCUGACUAGGAUUCUGAGGCUGUGGCACGCCUGGGGGGACCAGAAACCCUUUAUCCAGUUUGUUCUGGUCAAAACCAGCGACUUUGUGCCUCCACGAGCUAUGAAGGGUCCAAAGAGCAGAACCAGCAGCAAGGCUGCAAGAUGCAUCAAGAACCCUCAGACUCUGCCCAUAGACAAGCAGAAACGUGUGGUGAAGAAGGCCUUCCGGAAGUUGGAGAAGCUCCACAAGGACAACAAAGUGUCCGCCGGCACUGAGGAGAUUGACCACAUGGUGCAGCUCAUUCUCGACCAAGACCGCACCAUCCAGGAGCAAAUCCAACGAAUGAGGAAUCUUGAUUUGGAGAUGGAGCAGCUUCAAGUGCACAAAGAUGGAGGUGAGUCUGAGGAUUGUGGAUCUACUUUGGACUCGGAGCAAGUUGACGAGUUCCUGCACAGCAGCAACUGUGUCCACCAGCUGGAGCUGCAGCUUCAGAGGCACCAGGCGAUCAUCACACAGCUGGGUCACGCCAUUGAUGCAGAGCUGAGAAUGGCGGGUGAGCAGGAAGAAGCGCAGGCUGCUCCCUGUACGUCCUCCGAGGCCAGCGAGUCUCUGCUGGCCGAACUGGAGAGGAUGCAGGCGGAGCUGAGACGCAGUGUCUUGGCGGGUGUGUCCCUCCACACUCAGGCGGCUGAAGUGGACAAGCAGCUCCACUGGUCCGAGGCCGCCUUCAUCUCCAAGGACCAGGAGUGCUGGCAGCUGGCCGCUCAGCUCAGCUCGCUGCAAACGGCCGACGCGGCGGAGGAGAUGCCCGUUGCCAUCAGCGUCAAAACGGAGACUCAGGUGGUAAAGGUCAAGCACGGCUCGUCCCCCGCCGAUGUGACUGACACGGACUCUGACACCGGCAUCAGCUCCACACACAGCCAGGACUCACUGUCCCCCGGCCAAGACUUCCCUCCUCCACUGGACACGGACGUCUGAGAAGACUUUUGACGUCGGAGCAACAACAUUUUAUUGACGACUGCCAUUUCCUAUGUACUCUCCCAACAACAGCACCUUCACGAAGGUAGCAGUCCCAAGAUCUUUGCAACUAGAAGAAAUGAACAGUCCAUUACUGCCCACACUAUGCAAAGUUCAUGUUUGUAACUCACUUUUUAUCAUGUUAAAUAUGCACUAUUAGGACUUGAAGCCACAAUCUUGUGUGCUUGUCCACUAUGGUUAUUUCUUUUUAAUGAGGCGGCACUUAUCAUGUCUAUUAACAGUGUUUUAUAUUAAAACUCACUAAGGUGUGCAUGUAUAUAGAAAUAUAUUAGAUUGUAAUAGAUGACCUUCCUAUGGAUGGCAGCUGUACAUAUACACCAAUGAAAAAUGAUAUUUUUGUGCCAUUAUUAUUUACUACUACCUAUGGUCAUGAGCUUUGGGUAGUGACCGAAAGGACAAGAUCACAGGUGCAAGGGGCCGAAAUGAGUUUUCUCCUUAGGGUGGCUGGGCUCUCCCUUUAGAGAUAAGGUUAGAAACACUGUCAUCCGGGAGAAACUAUGAGUAGAACCUCUGCUCCUCUGCAUUGAAAGGAGCCAGAUGAGGUAGCCCGGGCAUCUGGUCCGGAUGCUUCCCGGACGCCUCACUGGGGAGGUGUUCAGGGCACGUCCAACCGGUAGGAGUCCUCAGGGAAGACCCAGGACAUGUUGAAGACUACUGUAUGUCUCUCAACUGGCCUGGGAAUGCCUCGGGAUCCACCGGGAGAAGCUGGACAAAGUGAUCGGGGAGAGGGAAGUCUGGGCUUCCCUGCAUAGGCUGCUGCCCCGCGAAUCCGACCUCGGAUAAGCCGUAGAAGAUGGAUGGAUAGAUUUACUACAUUUGUUAAAAAAAAAAAAAAAGUAUUUAUUUUUAUGGGCCUGCGAUAGCUAAUGCAAAGCAAUGCAGCCCAUGGUAUUAUUCCUCAUACUUAUUCUGUAUGUAUCAUUAUGGACCUGCAAGUGCAGCAGUAGCAGUCACUGUUUAGAGCUUUGGUCUGUAACUUUUAAUCAGAUGAUGAACAGCCUAUUUCAGUGAAAUUGGUCUUUUCAAUAAAUGACCUGCUCAAAAUGUUUUGUCUUGUUCGUCCAUUUUUUUUUAAGUUCUACUUUAUUAUUAUUCAAGUGUGAUUGGCAGAAUGUCGGUAGCUGUUGUUGCACUAUUCUCAGGGUGACAGGAACAUCUAAUCUCAAAGAAUUGUGUCUUGUCAAACAUGCGACUGAAAGACUCCUUCUUUGUACUCCUGGCAGACAGGGCCCACGCUGGGGGAGGGUAUCCAUUUCACGAGAUGAAAACAUUUUAACCACACACCCCUCUUCCUCCGCCUCUCUGUGGCUGUCAACG